UUUGACUUGAUAAGAGAAUACGCAUUUAUUUAGGGUGCGGAGUAGCGACUACGUAUUACGCCUGUCACCUGUUUAAAGAUUGAGAACGUUGGGCUCUGUGUAGUUAUUAUUCAAGACCUCGUGAUUUGUUCAAUUUGGGCUCCUCGGCGACAGGUGUAGCGCAGUAAGUAACCCGGAAAUAAGAAAAACAACAGUGAGCACAACAGUUAUUCCAACAGAGUACUCUCGUAUCUUCUUACUGAAGCCAUGGAAAAGAGCGUUCAACAGGAUUUUGAGAACCAGUUUAAUGAUGUGGUUUCAAGACUGCAAUCAAAGCAGAUGUUUCAGUCAGACUGGGACAUUGCCUCCUUUGCAGUCUUCUUCAUCUUUAUAGGUAUGGUCCUCUUGCUGGUUAUCUUGGUUCUCAUCCGCUGCUGUUGCUGCUGUUGCUGUGAUGAAAAGCCAAGGAGACAAAAGGUGGGCAUCGACAACAUGGCAAUGGAGCCGUAAUCCUCCAGAAAUAUAGUCUCCACUACAUGUAAAUCAUCUACAACAUAAGUGUGAAUCAAUUUUAUGUAUAUCAGUUAUUACAUUUAAUCCUUAUUAAUAAUCAAACAGGGAAAUUAAGACUUCCUUAUAGGGAUAAGCAAAAUAUUUUACUUAAGUUGCAACAUCCAUUACAGAUACCUGAAUUACUGCAAUAGAUGGGACAUGUUCUAUAAAAAUAAAUGUCUUGAAAGAGAAAGCAUUUAUCUGGACUAGUUUGUAACAAAUGUGACUUCUGACACUUGGGAUAUUUUCUGGAUGGUUUAAAAUCAGUUUGAGUAUUCAAUGAAGAUGCUUUGAACAUUUUUAAAGGAUUUAGAAUUUUCCUGGAUGGAGCAAAUGAUCUCUAUUGACAUUUCAUAUGUUUCUGUAGUUUUUAAAGAGUAGGCCUAUGUUUAAUCUGGUAAUCUGGAAAAUGACUAGGACUGGUUAUCCCAGAUGCCAGUUAGCCUACACCUUUCCUUAAACCUAAGACUGAGGUAUUUUCAAUGGAUUUUUAGACUUUUUUGAAUGGUUGACUGAUCUAUAAUUGUAAAGAAAAAAAUAUAACUUGAGCACUUUAAGAAUUCAUACUUUUUAUUAAACUAAAAAAGUAAUUUGAUUAGUUCACAUCACUGAUAAGAUUUUAAAUCAACUUUAAAAUAGCAGAAAAUAUUCAAAAUAAUACUUUAUCUGCUCUAUUAUUUGGAAAAGUUGUAUAAAGUUUUUACAAAUAAAUACAAUUCUAAAAUGCUGGAAGUCUGUUUUAAAGAAAUGUAUUUAAUUGGACAUAUGCA